AUGUAUCUACAUUCUUCUGGACUCUCUCUCUCUCUCUCUCUCUCCAUAGUUCUCUUUCCAUUGUUCUCUCUCUCUCUCACACACAGACACACUCUAUCUAUCUAUCUAUCUAUCUCUCUCUCUCUCUCUCUCUCUCUCUCUCUCUCUCUCUCUCUCUCUCGUUAUUUCGGUUCUCUGUAUUUAUCUCUCUAUUGCUCGCUCCCUCUUUAUUGCUCUUUUUCUCUAUCUCUCUCUCUUUUUCUCUCUCUAUUGUUCUCUCUUGCCCUCGAUCUAUUUUUCUCUCUCUCUUUAUUGCUCUUUUCUCUCUCUCUGUUUUAUCUCUAUCUGUUGCUCUCUCUCUCUAUUGCUCUCUCUUUCGCUAUUGCUCUCUCUCUCUCUCUUUCUCUCUCUCUCUUUCUCUCUCUCUUUCUCUCUCUCUCUAUAGAUUUUAGAUCAAGACUCUUCUCAUUUUUUCCCAUCUGGACAUCCUUAGCCCUGUUCCUUCUACCAAUUUCUUCUUGUUGCUACAUCUUCUUCAUCCCAGUCUUCUGUCUGCCGCACAUCAGUGCCAACUGUAAAUGUUCCUGGAACUGCUCAGCAUCCAGAUCAUCGAUGGAUUUCCUUACUUGA